AAUUGUUCGUUUGCACGCAUCACAGCUCCUGCAUCUCCCAAUUCUUUCAACACUGAAAAUUACGUUAAUCAUCAUGUCUGCCCUAGAAGAAGAGUAUCCCACGCAGGCUGAUCUCAACCAUAGCUCUCGGGAGCAUCGAACAAAGGCCUGGGAACAUCUAUUAGUUGGUAAAACAAUUUUGUUCCCUGAUGUGCCGGUGUACCCUGAUGUGCCGGUAGCAGAAAACAAGUACAGGACAUAUAUUGACUCUUCAAUAUUGCCUGAAAAUUGCCGCGUUAUCGGCGUUGGUUAUUUGGAGCUUCUGGAUUAUGAUACAGAUCGACUUACCAUUGAGGUGGAUGGAAGUGAGGUGGUGAUAGAAGUUUCAUUUCGAUGAAUGUAAUCGUAUCUAUACUGUAGUGAAAAUGGCGGUUUUCAUUUUUAUCUUUAUUAUUGUUGUUAUCCUUGUUCUACUUCUCUUUUCC